AUGGGUCUCCGAGUGAAAUUACGAAAAACCUUCGGGUCGUCCUCCAAGAAAUCCAACAGCACAUCUUCCGGCUCCCAUGCCAACGGCAACACAUCCACCCCAUCGUCCAUCUAUCCAAACGAACAACACUAUACAGACCGGACCGACAUCGAAUACUACAAGCCCAAUGAGAUCCCCAAGUCCAAGUACCGUGGUAAGGUCGACCCGGCACACCAAGCAUCUCUAGGUGCGUUCUCUCUGUCCGACGCUUUCGCCGCCACUACUCGCCGUGCCAGUCUCGCAUUGAGUGGCACUUUCAGUCCCGGAGGUACCAAGAGCCAGAGUCGUGCUCCCAGUCGCGUCCCCAGUAGAAGGCCCAGUAUAUCAGAGGUGAUCUCUGGAAGUCACCUGAGGACCGAGGACCGCUCUGGUUCUGGGAGCGAUGUCAGCCGUGAGAAGUCCGAGGAUUCCAAUACAUCCACCGACUCUGCCGCCCUCGGUGGCCAGUCCGGUGACACGGCGAACACAUCGCUCUCCGGCCCAACAUCAACGACAGGCACCACCGCCCCAACCACAGCAGUAGCACCCACGCCACUCACAGCUCUAACAUCACCAUCGAACCCCAAGCUUGUAGCCGUCCAAGAUGACGGUGCGGUCAACAUCACUGGGUCUGAGCUGUCCAAGCACAUCACCGCUCAUGAUACACCUUUCACCGCCGAAGAGCUGGAAACUGCUAUGACCCGGGCUACGUUUCAGGAUAGAGAUGGUCCGGUCCAUGAGGUCAAUAUCUCGUGA